AUCUGCUCCAUCUGUUAGUUCCUGGAUUCUGGUUUACACCAUUCUUAUUUUCACAUUAAACAUUAACAGUAAUAAAAACAGAAAGAAAAGAGGAAAUAAAAACUCAUAUAGGGAAGUUGUAAUUUCACACAGGCUUGACAGGAGCUUAUUUUCUUCUCAGUAGUCCUAGAAAACAGAAAACAGGCAGGUGUCUUAUUGAAAAAGACCUCUUUCAACUUGACUAUGAAUCAAGCAAGAAACAAAAGUUCCUCAGAUGGAGAAACUAAACGUGAGUCAUCAUUUGUCAACAAAUUCUUUAAGGGCUCAAAACUCAGGUCCUCCAAAGUCGAAAGCAAAAAAGAGGGCUGUGACCUUGAAACAGCUGAUUUCCAAGCCUGGGACAAGACACAGCAGUCAGCCGCCUUAGACACAGCUAUACCUCUCGCUUUAGAAAUGGAACUGGGAUCUGGGAUGGUUAAAAAUGAGCAGUUCCUGCAGAAGCUGGGCAGAAAGGCUGUCGACAAGUGUCUUGAUCUGAAUAACUGCAGAUUAACAACAGCGGACGUGAGGGAACUGGUUGCUUUGCUGCCUUUUCUCCCAGACUUGGAAAAACUCGAUAUUUCCUGGAAUGAUUUUGUAGGCGGAACCCUCCCUUCAAUCAUGCCCCAAAUGCAUCUUGUCAGCAAGUUAAAAAUCCUGAGGCUGGGUAGUUGCAGACUCACCACUGAUGAUGUUCGAGCACUGGGAGAUGCGCUUAAAGCAAUACCUGAACUUGAAGAGCUGAAUUUGUCCUGGAACAGUAAAGUGGGAGGAACGCUGCCUCUGAUCCUCCAGGCAGUCCAAGAAGGGAGCAAGAUGCAAACGCUUGAGCUUGUGGAUUGUGCCCUCACAUCAGAGGAUGGGACCUUUGUGGGUCAGUUGCUACCUAUGCUGAAAAGUCUUGAAGUACUUGAUCUUUCCAUUAACAGAAACAUCGGUGGCAGUCUAAAAAGCAUUGCUCAAGGAUUAAAAAGUACUUCAAAUCUGAAAGUAUUGAAGUUACAUUCAUGUGGAUUAUCACAAAACAGUGUCCAACUAUUAGAUGCUGCUUUUAGCUACAUGAGUGAGCUGAGGAAACUGGACCUUUCCUGCAACAAGGAACUGGGUGGAGGUUUUGAAGACUCAGCAGCUCAGCUGGCCAAGUUGGAGCACCUGGAAGCCCUGGAUCUUCACCAGUGCUCGCUAAUGGCAGCCGACGUGGUGUCGCUGACCCAGGUGAUCCCUUUACUCUCGAGUCUUCAAGAAUUGGAUUUAUCUGCCAACAAGAAGGUGGGAACCGCUUCUGAGCACCUACUUAGCAGGCUCCGAUUUCUACCAGCACUGAAGUCCUUACUAAUCAACAACUGUGCUUCGGAAUGUGAGACUUUUGCCGCCCUGGCUGAAGCCUCCAUUCACCUCCCUGCUCUGGAAAUAGUCAACCUUUCUUGGAAUAAGUGUGUUGGUGGCAACCUGAAGCUGCUUCUGGAAACACUAAAGCUCUCAACUUCCCUUCAAGUGCUGAGGCUAAGCAGCUGUUCCCUGGUGACAGAGGAUGUGGCUCUCUUGGCCUCAGCAAUACAGGCAGGCCACCUGGCGCAGCUGCGGGAGCUCGACCUGAGCUAUAAUGACAACAUCUGUGGUGCAGGAUGGACCGUCUUCUGCCGACACGUGUGGCUCCUGAAAGACUUAGCCACGCUAGACAUCGGCCUUCGGCAACCCACUUUUCGGGAUUGUGGACAAUGGUUUAGACACUUGUUAUGUGCGGUGACCAAACUCCCUGAGAUCACCGAGAUAGGAAUGAAAAGGUGGAUCCUCCCAGCUUCACAGGAGGAGGAAGUGGAAGGCUUUGAACAAGGUCACGGAAACAGCAUUCACUUUGACCAUGGUGGGUUUCAGUCAGCAGAUUUCCCAAAUCUUAACUAAGCUACAAACCAUUCCCCAAAGGAGGAAAAGAACAGGAAUGAAUUCCAGUGUAAGAAAAGGUGUAUCAACUUCUGGGCUGUUUAAUGGGACUUAGGUUACAAGAGCUUUGUAAAUAUAUGCAUCUAAUAAUCUAAUAUGAGCGUGUCUUUAUUCUCUAUCACAUGAAACAUUUUUUCAAU